CUGUCAAUCAAACCGAGCCGCCCCAUCACUUCUCGGACUGGAAAUGAUCUGUUCACAACCUCUCCAGCAGCCGUGGAGUGGGACCUCCGUGCAUCGCGCAGUAUCAGCGAGCUCCAAAACGGCCAAAAUGUAAAAGACAAACAGCAGUCGCUCACCGCUUUUGAAAAGUAGGUGGGGAUCGGAAACGCGCAUUGUAAAAAAAAACAAAAAACAAAAAAAAAACAAAAAAACGGAGCGUAAAGUUGCUCAGCAUGGAUACGCAAUAAGCUGUGCGUAACCAAAAAACAAAAAGCGAGUCUAAGAAGACAGAAGUAAAACUUCUCCAGUGGAUUUUUCGGUUGAGAUAGCUGCGUCAGAGCACUACUGGGACGUCGCGAAAAGCUGAAACGGAAAGAAAGAACCGACACAGCUGACACCCGCUGUCCAGAGGUUAGACACGGAGACGGAUCGGAGCGCGCAGUCUGCCUGCGAAAGCUUGACAAGAUCAUGAACUGAAUUUGUCUGGAGAAGCAGACUUUAUGUAAGAAGUAGGGCAACGCCGCCCGACCUGUUCUCUUCGUCAUGCGUAAAGACGUUUUGUCGUUCACGGUCUUGUUGGUGUGACAGAGUUCUGCUCCUAAGGGUCAUUUCCACAGAACUCUGCCCCCGGCUAAUGCCGCAGCUCCGGACGGAGUUAGUGGAAAGUUUUGCCGUUUACAUCCUCCUCUACCUCCUGUCAACAUGAUCGAGAGCGCUGAGUGCGCUGCAGCUGACAGCUACUCGCACGGGGAGAGCAUCAACCUCAGCGUGCUCAACUGGGAGCAAGUGCAUCGGCUGGACACCAUCCUCACGGGCUCCAUUCCCAUUCACGGGCGAUGGAGCUUCCCGACCCUGGAGGUGAAGCCACGAGAUAUCGUCAAGGUGGUCCGAAGCCGCAUGGAGGAGAAGCGGAUACAUGUUCGGGAGGUGCGGUUAAACGGAUCGGCAGCCAGCUACGUCCUGCAUGAGGACAGCGGUCUGGGAUGGAAAGAUCUGGACUUAAUAUUUUGCGCCGAGCUGAAAGGGGAGAUGGAGUUUCAGAUAGUGAAAGAUAUAGUGCUGGACUCACUUCUAGACUUCUUGCCCGAGGGGGUGAAUAAAGAAAAGAUCACACCAGUGACCUUAAAGGAGGCUUAUGUGCAGAAGAUGGUGAAGGUGUGUAACGACUCAGAUCGCUGGAGUCUCAUCUCACUGUCCAACAACCGUGGCAAGAAUGUGGAGCUCAAGUUUGUGGACUCUCUUCGCCGGCAGUUUGAGUUCAGCGUGGACUCUUUCCAGAUCCGCCUGGACUCGCUCCUCCUCUUUUACGAGUGCUCGGAGCACCCAAUGGCUGCAACUUUCCACCCCACCAUCCUUGGGGAAAGUGUCUAUGGUGACUUCCCCACCGCCCUCGAUCACCUGCGCAAGCGCCUCAUCUGCACGAGGAGCCCCGAGGAGAUACGCGGCGGGGGCUUACUGAAGUACUGCCACCUGCUGGUUCGGGGUUUCCGUGCAGCUUCUGACACCGAGAUGAAACUGCUGCAGCGCUACAUGUGCUCGCGAUUCUUCAUAGACUUUCCUGAUGUGAGUGAGCAGAGGAGAAAGCUGGAGUCCUAUCUGCAGAACCACUUUGUAGACCUGGAGGACAGGAAGUAUGACUACCUUGCCACCCUGUACAAUGUGGUGCAAGAGAGCACUGUGUGCCUGAUGGGCCACGAGAGGCGUCAGACACUCAGCCUCAUCUCGUCGCUGGCCCUUCGGGUUCUGGUCCAGCAGAAUGCCAUACCCAAUGCUGCCAAUGUCACCUGCUUCUACCAGCCGGCUCCAUAUGUCUCUGAUGGCAACUUCAGCAACUAUUACGUAGCACAGGUUCAGCCUGUCUACUCAUGCCCACCCUCUCCUCCUCAGCAGUACCUUGCUUCUUUGCAGCACCCCAUGUACGCCACUUGGUUGCCCUGUAACUAAACCUUUUUUAUGUCCAUGCACCACUGUGUAAGUGCUGGGACUCCCACCCACUCAUAAAAGGGAGGAGUGAUGAUUUUUUUUAAAUCUCCUCCUUGAGAACGGAAGUUUGUGGAAAGGACAAAAGGAAAGCAAGAGAUAAGAUUGGGCAAGGAAGAAGAGAAUCAAGGAAAGGCAAGAAAAUGAAGACAAGGAAUCAGGACCAAAGCAGCAAGAGAAAGAAAUGUUUUUCCCCCCGGGUUAGGAUGCCACAGCAGGAGGUGAGCACACAGGGAGAGAUGCCAGUGAGUGGGGCUGGCCUGCCAGUUCGAGGGUUUGGUAGAUCAAACCGUCGCUGAGGCUCUGAGUCAUAAAUAGCCUGGACAGGAUAGUGUUCUGGUGUGUUGUGGGUUUUGACAUGUGUAAUAAGCACAUCUUCUUCACAUUGCAAACCAAAACAUGAGAUCACAAAUGGCCACAAAGAGCAAAGAGCAGCAAAGGACGCAGAAGAUGUUUUCAUUCACAUAUUUACCGUCUGCACUGAGUUUGUGGGAGACUGGAACUUUGUUUUCAAAGACAAUUGCAAAAAAAGGAAGUGAGUACUGUUUACAACCCAAAGAUCUGCUUUGUUACUCAAGUUUUUCUUUCUGAACUCUGACAACAACAAAAAAAAACAACAAAAAAACAAACAACAACAAAAAAAACCCAACAACAAAACAAUGCAUGCUUUAUUUCUGUACAGGAAUACAUUUUUAAGUGCCUAGAUAAAGCCUAAAGGGAAGAGUUGUUUUUUGUCAUUCUUUAUCUUAGAGUAGUAUUGAAUUGUCUCAUGACAUUUUCAAAAUGAUUAUGAAUGUACUGAUGGUCAGAAAAUUUACCAAUGCUGACUAAGGUCUCUAACACUGAGGGAGGUAUCGGACCACCUGAUGUUUUUAACAGUGUUUGGUUCAAUAUUAUGCUCUUAUCAGCAGUGCUGCUGGAUAAGUACACAUCCUGAUUACCAAAGAGGAAGUACCAACAUAAUCUCAUCAUCUGUAGGAGGUGGGUGGCGAGAGUGUCUAAAAAAUACUUAUAAAAAUAUAAUGCAUGGUUAUUUUAAAAUGAGAGAUGGGUUGCAAAUUAAGGUGAAGGAGUGUAUAGCAACCUAUUUCAUGUGCAGGGUGAAAUGUGACAGAAAGAAAUGUAUGCCCAUUGUGCAUUUCAAAAUACAGUCUUAUUAAAACACAUUUUCAUGUGUUUUUGUACACUUUGCCAGAUGCAAACUGAAAUGCAAAUUAAAAGAACAGAUUUUUCAGAUGUACCACUCAAGCUUACUUAAAGGCACCCUGUGGAGUUUCUUUCUUUGUUUACACUAUUUCCCUAAGGUCUAAAAAGCUGAAGUGAGUUCAUGGCAUGAAAUCAGCUGCAGCAAUCUCAUCAGGGCGUAACUGUGAGAAAUAGGUCAGGUCCAGCACUUUCACUUAAACUCGCCCACCACAAUCAUGUCACUCUCUACCCAUCUUUGCGUUCCCCUGAAUCUGUAUAUCAACUGUGAUGCUCCCGUAAAACACUAAAAGUUUGUAGUGAGGAAAAGGGAAUGAAGAGCAAGCGAGAGGAACUGCACACUUCGUAAAGGGGGCUCUGCAAAAAUGCACGACUUUCUGCAGUGAAUCCUAAAAAAAUCCCAAAUGACAUCCUGUGUGUGGGAGGGAGAGAGGGAGAAAGUAGACAAUAAACUGUAAAGCCAAGGAAAAGUCAGCUCCAAGAAGAGCAACAGCAAGCUCACUGCCUAAAAACGCUGUUAAUGAUAAACGCUGGCUAACAAAAAAUAACCAAAACUUUCCACUGAGACAACUUAUCAACAUUUAAAGAUGGUUUUAGCUCAACAGGGAGAAAAUUAAAGAUUCACUGUCUCACAUGACUGUUUCAGCAGUCUUAUCUGUUGGCAUAACAUCUUUCAUAGAAUUACGAAUUAUAUGGAUUUCAUUAUAAUAUUGGUGUGAUGACUGGCAAGCUAGGAAGCUACACCAUCAUUCAUGAAAAUACUAGCCGAAUUAAUUUGACCAAAGAUUGCCAAAAUAAUUUAACUGCAAUGUUAUCAACAAUACUCAAAAAAAGCUAUCUUGUCUACCAAGUUCAUCAAUACGGGUCCGUGUUGAUUGGUUCACUGAAUCCAGACUAUCAUCGCCUCAUGCUAAAUGUAGUGCUAAGAAGCCAGCCCAUUGUUAGUUGUCUCUCCGUGCUCAUCUUUAUUCCCCUUUUCCCCUCCUUGCAGCAGAUGGCUGCCUCUAACUGAGCCUAGCUCUUCUGGAGUUCUCUUCCUGUUAAAAGGGAGUUCUUCUUUUCCACUGUCACCAAGUGAUUGCUCGCAGAGGAUUGUCUGAUUGGCGGGGAUUCUUGUGCAUUCUUGCAAUAUGAAAAUGCCUUGAAGUAAAGCCAAGUCAACUAGUGCUAUAUAAAACGCUGAAUUAAAUUAGCUUCUCCUUAUUGCAAGUUUUUAUUUCGUUUACUGUCCGGCUGUUGGGCCUCUUCUCACAGCACCUGCCACCACAAUCAUCUACUAUGGCCCACAGGUCCUUAAUUUGACAAACUUAGCAUCUGUGUUUUGGCUUUCAGCUUUCUCCACAAGUGCCUUCCCUUUUACUCCUACCCAUUUUGGCCAGCUGACUAUUUUUCCUGACGUGUUGUUGAAAAACCAAAUGCCACCCAAAUGCAAAUGCUUAUAUUGGCUUACAGGAAAAGUGCCCAUUCUGCCAGAUGGCCAGCCCUGGACCUCAUGCAUGACAUCACAUGUAUGCAUGUUCUCAUACACAUGCACGAUACAACCAAAGAUUUUGCUCUAUUAGAGCUCCUAAAAUCAAACAAACUCUACAAGGUACCUUUGCGUAACAAACACAUGUUUAACAGAAAGUUUUGAAACAUGGGCGAUCAGUUUUCAAAAAAUUACACUGGAAAAUUGUAAAAGAUUUAAAACACUUUUAAUUUUUUUUUUUUUUUAUCAAAUGCAUUAAGAAAUUUUGUAUGCAGUUCGAAUGCAUUUUGCCAUAAUGUAUCUGCUUUAAAAUAAAACAACAUGUAACAGAAAAAGGGAACAAUUGUGUUACAAGCUACAAGCUCUAAAUUUGUCAAAGGAGUGGAAGUUGGUUUGUGUGUGCAAGGGUGUCGUAACAGAGCUCGGCCCCAGCAGAGGAGAACACAGUUAACAGCUGCUGAAAUUUGUCUCAGUGAGGAAAUAAUGAGAUAAGUAGAACUGAAAAUGCACGAAUAUUUGAAAGGCAUUAAAGCGUUUCGUCUGAGAUUUAAAGUAGAGUUUUCAUAACAAUUGUGGAGUGACAGAGUACAUUUCCAGUUUUUAACUGCAUUCUGCACUUCACUCAGAAUGUUCUCUCUCAAACAAGUCAGAUCUUCUAUUUUUCUAUCGAUCUCUAUUUUUGUACACUUUGUGUUCAGACGAAUUAGCAGACAAGGCUGUGUCACUGAAUUUAAAGGUGCUUUUCUGUGUAUUAGUUUUGGCUGAUGGAGACCUGCUUUGGUGAAUACAGUGGUUGAGAUUUACAUUUACACAUGUUCAUUGUACGUUCUGCUCUGAGCUGUUCCAUGUGGAUUUCUGUUGCUGUAAAGAGAUUGUUUCAUUGUUUUUCAGUGUUUUCAACAGCAAUCCUGUUUGAACCUGAAAAUAAACAUCUGAUGAUUGUG